AUGCAAUCCGAAGCAACAGCUGCCAUUAUGAACGCGAGAGCUGAGACAGCCGCCGCGAUUCAGGGUGAGUCGUAUGCCGCCAUACAGGCGCUAAGAUCUGAAAACCAGCAGUUGGGUUCACGCGCUUCGGUGAUUCAGGGUGAAGCUGAGACGGUAAUCGGAAACCUCCGAACUGAGAACCAACAGCUAGGAGAGAUGAAUCGUGAGCUCAACCAGAGACUCGAAAAGCAAGCUAAGAUGCUCCUUGAGCAGCAAGAGUUAUCUAAGGCUAUGCAUCAACAGCUAAUCGCACCUCAGUCGCAUGUGCAAGCUGCCGAACCAAAGAACCCAAGCAUCCCUUCAUCGGCAAUCCCCGCGAGCUCUACCCAAAAUGGCGCGGAUCAGGCUGCGUCUGCAUUCAACGCAUUGCAGGCACUCGCGGGUGAGGUUGCGGGAACAAUGCGAAGGAUUGAACAGGCAAUUGAAGCUUCCGGUUCUAGUGGUUUCGUUGCCCCGGGUCCGGUUGAGUUUGGAUUGCCACCGUACCAAUGCAGCCGUAAGAGCAUCUUCACGGGUAGAUUGCAUUCCGCAACACCCGCUCCUCCGCCUCCUCCACCACAUUCUGCACCACAGAAACUCAAGCCCCAAGUCUUCGACAUAGCAGAUGAAGAUGACUUUGAUGAGCAUGAUGAAGAUGAGGAUGAUGAGGACGGAGAAGACUUCGAGGAUGAUCCUAUCGUCCCCGUUGCGGCUCACGAGCCUGAAGAUGACAGAGUUUACGAGUCCAGCAUUUAUAAGUACAAAGACCUGAAAGACAUCAAGCUUCCCCAAAUUCCGGGUUCUAGCGUUGAGUUCAGGGCUUACCGCAAUUCAGUGCUAACACAGAUCGCGUCAAUAGAUUGCAGCGGCAAAGCCGUCCUGUUGAAGUGGCUUCAAAAGAGCCUAGAUCCAUCAGGUAGCAUUGCAUCGACACGGUCGCUUCAGCAGGAUUGUGAGGGUUUGCCUAGACUUGAUGGGUGGAUCUCCGCAUGUAUUAGUGAUGCGAAACACCUAAAAGGUGAAUGGGGAUUGCAAGCGCAGUCGUACUUGGAAAGAUGUCAUGCGUCUGGAACGAUGCCAUCGGGUCGUGCACUCUUGUCCGUUCUUAGCAGAAGAUACCGGAUAGAUAAAGUGCGCGGGCCAUUGGUGACAUUACAAUCCUUGUUCGAUUUAGAGCCUGACUCAUUUUCCUACCAAUCGCUUGUAGCCUUCAAACAACGCGUCGAGUGGCUUGCCGGAGCGGCAAUGGCCGGACGCCGAAACAAUGUUUUCCUGGAUCUACUCACGGCUAAAGGGAUGCAGGAUGCUUUCACGCACCAUUGA